AUGCGAAAAACUUCAACAAUUGCCACGAAUUCAAGUUCAAAAAACACAACAAAUUCAAGUUCAGGAAACACCACAAACCCAAGUUCAACAAUUGCCACAAAUUCAAGUUCAAAAAACACCACAAACUCAAGUUCAAAGAAGGCCAUGACCUCAAUUUCAACAAUUGCCAAAAACUUCACGUUCAACAAUUGCCAAAAAAUCAAGUUCAAUAAACACCUCAAUCUCAAGUUCAACAAAGACCACAACUUCAAGUUCAACAAACACCAGAAUCUCAAUGUCAUCAAACACCAAAAGUCAAGUUCAACCAUACCACAAACUUAUGUUCAAACAAACCUUAAACUCAAGUUUUACAAACACCACAAACCCAAAUUCAACAGUUGUCGCAACUUCAAGUUCAACAAAUGA